AUGGGGAAGCGGCCUAAAGACCUGCACACGAAGCACCUCACCGAGCGCGAGCGCUUCCGUGUCCGGACCCUCUACUACGACGCCUGCAUGAGCAAGACGCGCAUCAUGAACAUCACCGGGUACUCCCUCAGCCAGAUCCGCACCGCCGUCCGCGCCAAAACCUCCGCCGUCGCCCCCCGGAGUGGCCGCCCUAAGAAAGCGCGCAACGGCCAGCCACCCACAACUGCGGACCAGCAAGCCGAAGACGAUGGAGACGACGACGAUGACGAAGGUGACGAGUCCGACUGCGGCUCCGUUCACCAUGUCCCGCAAGCCUUCGCGUCUCCGAGGGCCGCCGGCAUAGGCGUCGAUCCCAACGCCGUGGCCCCGACAGGCGGUUAUACCCCGGCGACGUUCACUCCGGGUCCGCCGCUCCCGUACCCGUACCAGCACCAGGCUUACGGCGCCCCCUACCCGUACCCAUACCAGCACCAGGCCUACGGCCCCCCGCUGCCGGCGCCGUUCUUCGCCUUGUCGCCCUUCCAGCGAUUGCCCCCGGAGCUGCGGCGGCACAUCUUCCGCCUCGUCCUGACCAUGCCGGGCUUGUCUGACCCAUCGCUCCCUUCGGCCUCUACGUCGGCGCCGCUCUCCUGCGCCUUCGUCCUCGAGCCCCUCCCCUAUGCGCCCUGGCUCGUCGCCUCCCUGUACUCUCCCCCGGCUGCCGCGCCCGCCGCUUCGGCGACGUCGACGUCGCCACCCACACCCACCAGCCCGCAUCCCGGCCUCCCGCCAGCAUCCGAGCCGGGCGCGACUCCAACCACGGGCGACUCGGAGCCGGAGCAGCAGCAUCCGCCGCCGCCGCCGCACCACCACCAGCUCGUCGCCCAUCGCCAGGCCGCCGCGCGCCUCCUCUGCAACCUCACGCGCGAGGCGCGCCGCGUCGUCCUUGACACCCUCGUGCCCGUCUGGUGUCCGGCGCCCGCUGGCGACGGCCAGCGCAUGCUGGGCUCCGCCCUGCCCUUCCUCUGGAUCGACCCGCGCCGCGACAUCCUGUACCGCGGCGGCAGCAGCAGCAGCAAUAACAGCGGAAACAACCACAGUAGCAGCGACAACAGCAACGGCCCCGACGGCGGCGCCACCGAGGACGCCGUGAACGACGGCCGUAACGGCGGAGCGGACGGUUCCAGCGGCGAUAGCAGCGCCGCCAGUGCCGACGCCGGCGGCAACACCGCCGAUGAACCCGUCGACCUCCUAGGCCUCCUCGAGCGCUCCCGCCUCGCCGUGCUGCCGCACCUCGGCACCAUCGCCGGCAGCCUGUCGGCGACCGCGACGACGACGACGGUAGCAGCAGCAGCAAUAGCAGCAGCAGCAGCUAGGGCGGAUAUGGCGAUGACGGGCGUCUGA